UCUCACUCUAAGGAAGAGAGAGAAUUAAAAGCAAACCCCUUUUUUCUUUUUCUUUUCUUCUCUUUAUUAUUGGUCCUAACCGCCCAGGAAAAUGAAAACCGAACGUGAAGAAUUUACAGAUCAGCCCAAAAACAAAAUCCACCAUAAUAAUAAUAAUAAUAAUCACAAUCAUGAUUUGGUUCACGAUUCUUCUGUUGAUCACAAGGGCAGAAUUCCCCUCCGAGCCUCCACCGGCGUCUGGAAAGCUUCUCUCUUCAUCAUCGCGAUUGAGUUCAGUGAGAGGCUGAGUUACUUUGGCAUAGCGACGAGCUUAGUGAUAUAUCUGACGAAAGUGAUACGGCAGGACUUGAAAACAGCAGCGAGAAAUGUGAAUUACUGGACUGGUGUCACCACUUUGAUGCCUCUGCUUGGUGGGUUCUUGGCCGAUGCUUAUUUGGGCCGUUUCUCCACUGUCCUCGCUUCCACAAUCGUCUACCUCCUGGGGCUGUCUCUGCUCACAGUGUCCACUCUGGUGCCAAGCUUGAAGGCAUGUGGCGCUGAAAUAACGUGCGACCAGCCCAGAAAGAUUCAUGAAGUUCUGUUCUUCACGGCCAUCUACUUCAUCUCCGUCGGGACCGGUGGGCACAAGCCUUCUCUGGAGAGCUUCGGCGCUGACCAGUUCGACGACGAUCACGCCGAGGAACGGAAGCAAAAGAUGUCGUUUUUCAACUGGUGGAACUCUGGCCUCUGUGCCGGCGUCAUACUUGGAGUGACAUUAAUCGUUUACGUGCAAGACCAUGUGGGCUGGGGAGUGUCCGGUGCGAUUCUCACAUCCGUGAUGGCCAUAUCUCUUGCAAUCUUCCUCCUUGGCAGGCCGGUUUAUCGGUUCAGGGCGCCAUUGGGAAGCCCUUUAACGCCGCUUCUGCAGGUUCUUGUGGCUGCCUUCAGAAACAGGAAUUUGCCUUAUCCUCCCCAUCCUUCUCACCUCUAUGAACUCCAAUCCACUCACAACAUUCAGGGGAGGCUCUUGUCCCACACAAAGAAGCUCAAGUUUUUGGACAAAGCUGCGAUCAUUGAGGAGACAGGUAAUUCAAGUGGGAAACAGAGUGCUUGGAGACUUGCAACCGUUACUAGAGUUGAGGAGCUGAAGCUGAUUCUAAAUAUGAUCCCAAUUUGGAUAACAUCUUUACCAUUCGGAAUCUGCGUGGCACAAACGUCCACAUUCUUCAUCAAACAAUGUUUAACUCUCGACAGGAAAAUCGGAAACAGUUUCAUAAUGCCCGCAUCGUCCAUGUUCUGUUUGGCGGCGGCCGGCAUGAUCGUCUCUGUCGCAAUCUACGACAAGGUAAUCGUUCCAAUCCUCCGGAAAACCACAGGCAACGAGAGGGGCAUAAGCAUUCUCCAAAGGAUAGGAAUUGGAAUGGUUUUCUCCCUCACGUCGAUGGCGGUCGCCGCCGUCGUCGAGCGCAAGAGACUUGACGUCGUAAAAGACAACCCAACAAAAGGAUCCAUGGAGAUGAGCGUGUUCUGGUUGGCCCCACAAUUUCUGAUCAUCGGAAUUGCAGAUGGGUUUGCGCUGGUGGGCCUGCAGGAGUAUUUCUAUGACCAAGUUCCUGACUCCAUGAGAAGCAUUGGGAUAGCGCUGUACCUCAGUGUCAAUGGGGCUGCCAAUUUCGUCAGCAGCUUGCUGAUCACAGUAGUGGACCGGAUCACCAAAAAGAGUAAUGACAAGAGUUGGUUUGGGGAUGAUUUGAACAGCAGCCGUUUGGACAAUUUCUAUUGGCUAAUAGCUGCAGUUGUGGCAGUUAAUUUAUGUGUUUAUGUGUUCUUGGCUCGGCGGUAUUCGUACAAAACACUGCAGAAGACGACGGUGGCCGAUUGCUACGACGGAGACGGCAACGACAAGGGCAGAGACGCAAGUUCAACCGUUUGAAAAAUACUCCCUAUAUAUAUAUAUAUAUAUAUAAAAUAAUCUGUGGCUUUUUAGUACGUAGCUUUAGUUAUCAGAAAGGUUUUUCUUUUUCUUUCUUUGUGUAUUUGCAAACUAUUAGGUGUCGUGUCGCUAAUUUAAUCGAGAUAUGUAUGAAAUAUUUCCAUUCUCCAAUUUAUAAUGAUAUACAAGUCUGAAAAAUGGGAGUGAAACGAAUUAUUUUUGUGUU